AUGCGUGAAGGACGACACGGCGAUGCACCGCUAUCUGCCAAAAAUAACUUUCCGAAAAACGACAGAGGCAAGUUUGAAUUUACUGGUGAUGGCAGUGUCGUAGUGGUACGCUGGAGUGAUAAUAGUGUUGUCACUUGUGCAAGCAAUUAUGACAGUGUUGAGCCAGUCAAGAAAGUGCAGCGACAUGUGAAAGAUCAGAGACAACGCCUCGGAGGUCACACAGCCUCAAUUCCAGACUAUGUGCGUUUUGACGGUUCAAAUCAUUACUUGGAGACUGUGAAACAAGGUCGUUGCACCUACUGCAAAAGCAACACAACAAGGCAGUAUGGAAAGUGCAACAAACGUUUACAUGAACGCUGUUUUGUUGCCUACCAUCAGAAGUGA